UGGCCGCAGGCCUUAAACAUACUCGGGUUUAAAUUUCCUUCCAUUUUGUUUGGCUUGAAAAAGUGAAGACGUGUUGCCUGACGGCAGGACGUGAAAUAAACGUCCGAACGGGAGGAAGAUGGCUUUUUAAGGUGUGUUUGUGGUAACCUAGUCUUGUAAAUUCGAUAACGCAAAGCAGUGCGUUUGAGCGUUAAGAAGCUGCCAGUACUGAGCAGCACAAGAUCAACAAGUGAAAAGUUACAGACUGCAAGAGGAAAAGUGUGCUUACAGAAAAUAUGAACUAUGCUAGAUUUUUGACGGCGGUCAGCGCAGCCAGGAAGCCGUCACCCAUCAGGAUGCUGACUGAGCUGCAACAGCGUUCGCCUCCAUCACUGAUCUCGCUGGCCGGGGGAGCGCCCAACGCUGACACGUUCCCCUUUGAAUCGGCGACCAUCCAGGUGAAAAACGGCCAAACGGUCUCCUUCGACAAGGUGGCUAUGAAAAGGGCGCUGCAGUACUCUGCCUCCAGCGGGAUCCCAGAGUUGCUGACGUGGAUGAAGAACCUGCAGAAGAACCUCCACAACCCACCGACGGUUGCCUACAGUCCAGAGAAUGGACAGAUGGAUGUGUGUGUGACCACAGGGAGCCAAGAAGGACUCUGUAAGGUGUUUGAAAUGCUAGUCAGCCCUGGAGACAACGUCCUGCUGGACUCACCCACUUACCCAGGAACACUGGCAGCGCUGCAGCCGCUGGGCUGCAACAUCAUCAACGUUGGCAGCGAUCAGCAUGGAAUGAUACCAGCAUCGCUGAAGGAGGUCUUAUCUCGCUGGGACCUGUCAGAUGUUCACAAACCUGGCAGCGGCGCUCCCAAGAUUCUCUACACCAUUCCCAACGGAGGGAACCCCACCGGCGCCUCCCUGACGGCUCAGAGAAAGAAGGAAAUCUAUGAGCUGGCAAGGAAGUACGACAUGCUCAUCAUCGAGGACGACCCCUACUACUUUCUGCAGUUUAACAAGCCAUGGGCACCAACUUUCCUUUCCAUGGAUGUAGACGGGCGUAUCAUCAGAACGGACUCCUUCUCGAAGAUCCUGUCGUCAGGCUUAAGGAUCGGUUUUGUAACGGGUCCCAAACCUCUGCUGGAGCGGGUGGUGCUCCACAUUCAGGCGUCCACCAUGCACACGAGCACCUUCACACAGCUGAUGGUGUCACAGUUGUUACACAGCUGGGGCCAAGAGGGCUUCCUUCGCCACAUAGAGGGGGUCAUCGACUUCUACGGAGAGCAACGUGAUGUUAUGAUUAGCUGUGCCCACAAGUGGCUGGCAGAUACGGCUGAGUGGCACGCCCCCUCAGCUGGAAUGUUCUUGUGGAUCAAGCUCAAGGGAAUCCAAGACACCCGGCAGCUCAUCAUGGAGAAGGCCCUGGAGAAGGAGGUGCUGCUCGUUCCAGGAAGUGUGUUCAUGAUCGACAGCAGUGAACCAUGUCCUUAUGUCAGAGCGGCCUUUUCGCUGUCCACUCCCCAACAGAUUGAUGAAGCUUUCAGACGCCUCGCCAGUCUCAUCAGAGAGGUUUCCUGAGCCUGCUGCCUUCUCCAUUUUACGUGAAGAUUUGAUGGUGUUCAAUGUAACAUUCAUAAAAGUUAAUGCCAACGGUGGGAGUCAAACUCUGUUUUUUGAUCAUAAAAGCAAUGCAAUGGAUGCAUUUAAAGUCAAAUAAUAAUUAGCUGAAAAUCUUGUUGAGAUGCCUGCUUUAUUUUAUGUUUAUGUUGCUCUUUUGUACAACAGAGGUGUGCGUACUGUCUCUUUAAGAGAAAAUAGACUGCAUCUGCAGUAGCUCUAGUGCUGACAGGUAUUCAGACCGUCUUCUUAUAGUAUCGCAUUGCUGGUUUUAAAACAUAUGUGGAAAGCGCAUGCACAAGAAAUAAAGCUCAAUUGAAUAACUUA